AUAUUAUUGGCGUUAGGUUCUAUUUUUGUUGGUACAUUACUAAGAUGGGCUGAAAAGACCGAAAUGAUUGAAGCCAUUGGUGGAAUUAUGUCUUCUAUAAUCGUUGGUGCAGGCACACUCGUGACUACUAUUAUUACUGCAAUUUUAAAUAUACCAUCGGAUAAAGAACCUGAUGAAGCUCAUUCGGCAAAUGUCACUGAUAUAAUAUUUAAGCCGAUGUUCUUACAUAUCCCUGAUGAUAUUCUGUAUGGAUUUGGAACAAUAUCGAAAACAAAGGAAUCAAUCCAUGCGAAAUUUAUCCAAAUAAAUACCUUUUCCAUUAUAGACAGAGAUCUUGAUCGAAAAUUAAGACAUAGUAUAAUGAUUCUUGGAGAAGUAGAAUUAGAUUACGCAAAGGAGGCAAAUGUUUCAAACUCAAAUGCGAAUUUGAAGGAAAAGAAAGAUUUGCAGAAAUUUUUGAAGAAAAAAUUGGAUGAUGGUUAUAGUGGUGAAAAUUAUGUGUGA